UUCUCCGUUGCAAAAUGUCCAAAAAUAAGGAAAAGUUCCCCAGCUCUCCCAACACACUGCACAAUUACUUCGCUAGGUCGCCCGCAAGUACGAAAAAACCGGCAAAUCCAUCAACCCCGACGAGUGCGCUUGCUGCUGCUGCAUCUGCUUCUGCUGCCGAACGGCCUUCGUUGAACAAUCAAACCAGUGGUACUCCGAAAAGCUCAAAAUCCAUCUUUAAAAAGGAAAAAGAAUCAAUUGGCAAGGAAAAACGACCUGCACCGGUAAAGUUGAGCGUGAAAGAUGAGGGAGAAGAAGAGAUUGCAACGAAAAAGAAGCGUCGUCGUGUGCUGAUGCUGGACGAUACGUCCGACAACGAGGAUGGUGACACCGGUGGUCUGAAUAAUGAGAAUAAACCGAACAAUAACAAUCUCGAGGACCAUGAUGAGCAGACGGGAACGAAACAGUUCACGUUGCUGUCCGCUUUCGAGCGACCAAAUGAACCGACCGAGUCCGAGGAACAGGUGAAAGAAGCAUCGGAAGAUGGACCGGUGCAGAAAAAGAUAAAAUUAGAAAAAUUGAAUGAAACGAUCGAUGAACCGGGUCCCGCACUAGACGAACCAACCGUCUGGACACACCAAAAGCUGGACUUUUUGAAACCGAACAAAAUUAAAGACAUUCACGGUAAUCGGCCCGGCAGUGACAAGUACGAUGGCCGAACGCUGUACGUGCCUGAUUCGUAUCUUAGUACACUGACACCGGCCAUGCGACAAUGGUGGAUACUGAAGAGCAAAAACUUCGACUGUGUCCUGUUCUUCAAGGUGGGCAAGUUUUACGAACUGUACCACAUGGAUGCGGAGGUUGGCGUUACGGAGCUGGGCUUCAGCUUCAUGAAGGGUGAGUUCGCACAUUCUGGCUUUCCCGAGGCGGCCUACGAUCGUAUGUCGACCACGCUCGUUGAAAAGGGUUUUAAGGUGGCUCGAGUCGAACAAACCGAAACACCCGAUAUGAUGCAGGAACGUUGUAAAACCGAGCGUACGAACAGCAAGUACGACAAGGUGGUUCGGCGCGAGAUUUGUCAGAUAACCGUGAUGGGAACGGAGGUGUUCGGGCAGCAGGUUAGCAUCACUGCAAACUACCAGCCACGGUACAUGCUGGCCCUUGCGGAAACUGUCCGACAAGGAGCGGGCAGUCGGUACGGAGUUUGCUUCAUUGACACCUCGAUCGGAUUGUUCCAUCUCGGUGAGUUUGAAGAUGAUAAUCAGCAAUCACGUCUCCUUACAUUCCUGUCGCACUAUCCACCGGUGCUGGUGCUGCAUGAACGUGCCGGCGCUAGCACCAUGUCGGAGGGAACACAGCGCAUCCUGCGUACUCUGCUUGCAAACGUAAAGCGUGAAGCGCUCACUACAGGCAGUCAAUUUUGGUCGGGUGAAACCACGCUCAAGUAUCUUGCGGGAUCGAUCUACGGAGAAGGAUCGACGGUGGAAGGCUCCAAAUGGCCACCGGUGCUGCGCACCAUGAUAGACGAGGCUGAUAGUUUGGGGCUAACGCCAAAAGAGUCGUACGAGCUUGCGUUGAAAGCUCUCGGCGGGUGUGUUUGGUAUCUGCAGCGAUGUCUUCUCGAUCAGCAGGUACUUUCGUUGGCCACCUUUGAAGAGUACGUCCCGUUUGAUGAAAGCAAAGCAUUGAACGAGUCGUUUGAGAAGCGUCUUGGAGCUGCCAAAGCGAAACGCUUCAUGGUGCUGGAUUCAAUAACACUGAACAAUCUGAAGAUCGUCGGAUCAGAAGGUUCUCUGGUGGACCGGAUGGACCAUUGUUGCACCAAGUUCGGUAAACGGUUGCUCCACAACUGGGUCUGUGCACCGAGCUGCAUUAAGGAGGAGAUUCUGCAGCGUCAGGAAGCGGUCGGAGAGUUGAUCGAUAAUGUCGAUCUGCUGCAAGACGUUCGCCAGAUUCUUGGACAACUCCCAGACAUGGAGCGACAUCUAGCUCAGAUCCACGGGUUUGGACUGGCGCUUCACAAUCAUCCAGCCAAACGGGCCAUUCUGUACGAAGAGCACGUGUACGGGAAGAAAAAAAUGCGCGAUUUCAUCGCCACACUGAAAGGAUUCGAAUCUCUGCUAUCGCUACCGAAGCUUUUUUCGGCUGUUUCUUCCAAACUUCUCGUUCGAUUAACUCAAAAGGCGAACUCCAACCCACCGGGCGCCUUCCCGUCGAUGGAAAAGCAGAUAAAAUUCUUUGAAAACUCAUUCGACCACGAAAAUGCGCUCAAGAGCGGAAGUAUCGUACCGGAGAAGGGGCUCGAUGCGGAGUACGACGCCAUCGAACAGGAAAUCAAAGAUUUAAACGAUGAACUGGAAGAUUAUCUCGUGCAGCAGGGGAAGUUCUUCGGGUGCACGGUGAAAUACGUCGGAAACGAUAAGAAACGCUUCCAGCUGGAAGUUCCGGAAGCACGAGCAAAGAAAGCGACGAGCGACUACACACUGGAAGGUACCAAAUCUGGCAAGAAUGGUGCGAAACGAUUCUACACCGAGGAAACGCGUCACUUUCUGAAGCAGAUGAUGCAGCUGGAAGAACGUAGGAAAACGGUCCUGAAAGAUUUGGCUCGCCGAAUCUUUGAGCGAUUCUCGCGCGAUUACGAAAUGUGGAAGGGAUGCAUCGAUCUGGUGGCCAUGCUCGAUGUGCUAACUUCCCUAGCGGAAUAUGCCCGCUCGGAAGGACUCGCCUGCGUUCCGGAACUGCUCGAUAAGGACGAUCCGGCAAACGGGGGCAACAAAUCGUUCAUCGAAAUCGAGGAAGGAACUCAUCCGUGUAUUACGAGCGAUGCGGCAGAGAAUUUCAUCCCGAACGGCAUAGCAAUCGGUGGUGGAGAAGGUAAAGCCAAUUUGGUGCUACUUACCGGCCCAAACAUGGGCGGUAAAAGUACACUGAUGCGACAGGUUGGUUUGCUGGCCGUAAUGGCACAGAUCGGAUCGAGAAUACCGGCCCAAAGCUGCCGAAUGACGCUUAUCGAUCGUAUCUUUACGCGACUCGGUGCAAGCGAUGACAUUAUGGCCGGACACAGCACAUUCCUGGUGGAGUUGAACGAAACGUCCGCCAUCUUGAAGCAUGCGACCGCCGACAGUCUGGUGCUGUUGGAUGAAUUGGGUCGCGGAACGGCAACAUACGAUGGGACGGCUGUCGCUGGUUCAGUGGUACACUUUCUGGCGGAUUUGAAAUGUCGCACGAUGUUUUCGACGCAUUACCACAAUCUGGUGGACAGUUUCCACGAUGAUCCGCGUGUUGUUCUUGGACAUAUGGCUUGCAUGGUGGAAAACGAAGAUAGCGAUGAUCCUACCCAGGAAACGGUCACGUUUCUGUACCGAUACACCGGGGGCGCAUGUCCAAAAUCGUACGGAUUCAAUGCAGCCAAGUUGGCGGGUAUGCCCACAGCCAUUAUUAAACGAGCGUACGAGCUCUCUAAAUCGGUCGAGGCAGGAGCCCUUAAGCGUAAGAUACUGAUGAAGCUACUCAAGAAUGCGCCCCAAAACGAGAUCAAAGAACUCGUCGUAAAGUUGAAAUCCUGCCAAUUUUAA